AUGAACUUUGCUAUACGUGCAUUACGUAAAAAUGAACAACGUGUAGCUGUUCUCUUUAUUAUGACAAUUUAUCCAAAUAAAGUAUCGGCUUCGACUAGUCCAUUUGCUUUUAUCAAAGAUUACAGUGGCAUUCCACGAGAACAAGAAAUUCUCUUCUCAACACACACUGUUUUUCGUGUCGGUAAAAUCAAACCAACAUUUAACUAUAAUCGCCUCUGUGAAGUUCAUUUGACUCUCACAGAUGACAAUGAUCCACAAUUGGCUGCUCUAACGCACCGCAUGCGACAGGAGCUCUGUGGAUCCACAGGAUGGCACCGAUUGGGUCAUUUGAUGCUCAAAGUGGGCGAAUAUAAUCAAGCCGAAGAAUUAUACAAUGAAUUACUCAAGAAGGCUUCCACUGACAGUGAAAAAGCACAUAUCUAUCAUCAGCUUGGAUGUGUGAAAGACGAGGAAGGAGAAUACAAAGAUGCAGCUUUAUUUUACGAAAAGUCCCUCGAAAUCUCCCGAAAAACUCUCCCGGAAGAUGAUCCGUCAUUGGCUGCUAUCUAUACCAAUAUCGGUGGAGUAUAUCACAAUGUGGGUGAUUACUCCAAAGCACUUGAAUUUUACGAAAAAGCACGUCAAAUAAAAGAAAAAGCUCUGACUCCGAAUGAUCCAUCAUGCGCAACUUCCUACAACAACAUCGGCUCAGCGUAUUAUCACAUGCUUGAAUACUUAAAAGCAGUUGAAUUUUACGAAAAUGCACUGGAAAUCGAAGAAAAAACUCUGCCGCAAAAUCAUCCCUUAUUGGCCACUUCCUACUGCAACAUGGGUUCGGUGUAUAAAGACAUGGGGGAUUACUUGAAAGCGCUUGAGUUUUACGAAAAAGCACUUAAAAUAUCAGAAAAAGCUCUGCCUCCGAAUCAUCCUGAUUUAGCUACUUUCUACGGCAACAUGGGUCAAGUGUAUCACAACAUAAGUGACUAUCCAAAAGCACUUGAAUUCUUCAAGAAAGCUCAUCAAAUAAAAGAGAAAGCGUUAUCUUCGAAUCAUCCCUCAUGGGCUGCUUUCUACAACAACAUCGGAUCGGUGUAUGAGGACAUGGGUCAUUAUCCAGAAGCACUUAAAUUCUAUGAAAAGGCACUCGAAACAUCUGAAAAAUCUCUGCCUUCGAACCAUCCCGAGUUGGCUAAUUCCUAUGGCAACAUUGGUCAAUUAUAUCAGAAUAUGAGUGACUACUCAAAAGCACUUGAGUUUUACAAAAAAGCACUCGGAAUAAGAGAAAAAGCUCGACCUCCCAAUUAUCGCGACUUGGCUACUGCCUACAGCAACAUCGGCUCAGUAUAUUUCUCCAUGGGUGACUACUUGAAAACACUUGAGUUUUACGAAAAAGAACUAGAAAUAAGAGAGAAAAUUCGACCUCUGAAUUAUCGCGAUUUGACUACUUCCUACAGCAAAAUUGGCUCGGUGUAUUACCACAUAAAUGACUACUCGAAAGCGCUGGAGUUUUACGAAAACGAUCUGGAGAUUACGAAAAAAACUGUGCCUUCGACUCAUCCAGAUUUGGCUACUUCCUAUGGCAACAUUGGUUUAGUGUAUAAUAGUAUGGGUGACUACUCGAAAGCACUUGAAUUUUACGAAAAAGGACUGGAAAUUACGAAACAAGCUUCGCCUCCGAAUUAUCGGGGUUUGGCUGCUUCCUAUGGAAACAUUGGAUUGCUAUAUAGACACAUCGGUGAUUAUUCGAAAGCACUUGAAUUUUAUGAUAAAGCACUUAAAAUAAAAGAAAAAGAUCUGCCCCUAGAUGAUUCCGAUUUGGCUACUUCCUACAAAGACAUUGGUUCCGUGUAUCAUGAUAUGGGUGAUUAUAUAGCAGCUCUUGAGGCUCUUCAAAAUGCUUUUCAAAUUCAACAACAAACACUUGACGAAAAUGAUUUCGCUCUUAGCCCUACAUACUGUUGUUUUGGAAAGAUCUAUCGUGGUUUGAAAGAUUACUCAAGAGCACUUCACUAUUUUGAAAAGUGCUACACCAUUGUUCAACAAGUCUUAUCAGAAAAAGAUCCCGCUCUGGCUAUAAUAUAUAAUAAUAUUGGUGAUAUUUAUCGAUUAAUGGGCGAUUAUGAAACGGCACUUUCAUUUCAUCAAAAAGCGUUGAAUAUUCAAGAAAAUGUUGAAUGUAACCCUCUCGAUUGUGCAACAACGUAUACAAGUUAUGGCGAAACUUAUCGAGAAAUGAAAGAUUAUUCAACGGCAUUGAUAUAUUUGCAAAAAGGAUUACAUAUUCGUGAAAAGAAACUUCCAAAACAUCAUCCUGAUUUGGCUGUAAUCUAUCACAAUUUAGCAAAAUUAUAUUUGGCUACUCAACAAUAUAAUAUAGCCAUGGAAAAUAUUCAACAGGCGAUGGACAUUGCUCAAGAAAAAUUGCCUUUAAAUCAUCAACAUCUUCUAGACUAUAGAGAAACAUUUGAAAAAAUCCGUAAGGAGAUGUAA